UUGAGCUUAAAAAAAGGUUGUCUAAUGUCUUUGGGCUUGGGUUGUUUUGUGAAUCGACGGCAGGUUUAAUUAUAUUUUGUGUUAUUAUAUGGUGGUUAUUAAUUUGAUCGUGCUAGAAUAUUUUUUGUUGUGAAACUAAACGUAUUUGAGGUACAUUUUUAAUACGCGAAAAUGUCUGAUGAAAUCGAUAUAGAAGAACAUGAUAUCAUGAAUAAUCCCUCCAUCAAGAGCAUAUUUCCAGACCUGUCUGUGGUAAAAAAAGAAAUAAAUGAGUUUUAUCAAAGUGGAAAUAAUGUAUGUGGAGACACUCAAUUAGAAAAAACUGUUAUUAAAAAAGAGUUGGAUACUUCAUACAGUAAUAACAGCAAUGUACCAGUUGUUGGAACCACUUCAGAAAGCGUAGGCACUCAACAAGAAAAAGUUGUAAUAAAAAAAGAGUUAGAUGACGCACAUAGUACAAACAAUAAUAAACUAGAUAUUGCAACCACUCCACAAGAAAAGGUUGUAAUUAAAAAGGAAUUAGAUGCUACACAUAGUACAAGCAAUAAUGAACCAGAUAUUACAAAUAAUUCACAAGAUUCAAACUCAACUGAAAGUGAUACAGCCGUAAAGUACAUUAAUGAAAAUAUCAUCGUUCUUGGUUCAAAGCCUUCCAUGAAAUGUGACAACACAAACAAUAAGAUUAUAGAUAAAGAGGCUAAGUUACAGUUAAAGAGGAUAGAUAACUUUUUGGAAUCAUGUAAAAGGUAUUGUGACAAAUGCCUUAUAGUGUUUCCCAAAAAGAAUUUGUUCAACCUUCACAAGAUUAAUAUACAUAAAUAUAAGAAACAAGACCAGUCAUUAAGAACGCCUAGACAACACCUUAAUACAACAGCUACACCGGCUGUAACUAAAGAUAAUCCCAACAAAAUUAUUGUGGGCCAGCACCCUCAAGAGGACUCUGCGGAGCUCUCCUGUUUUCACUGUAAACAACUGUUUCCAAAUAAAUCAUGUCUGAUUGAACAUCUUUAUAAAGUUUUGGAACCUAAUGAUAAUGAACUUACCACCAAUAACAGUUCAACAGCUUCAACCACUAAUGACGAAACUAACGAUGAGGAAUAUUCCGAUGAGGCUGUAAAUAAUUUGAAAAAGUCACCCACCAAGCAACCCAAGAGAGUCCAGGUACAAAACAAGAACAAUCAUACUACAAACAAAAACAACAAGAGCAGAUUGCCGGAAAGAAUACUUCGAAAAAGAAAAUUAAUUAGUAAGAAUAAUACAGAUGAACAUGUUCUAAAGAAGAAAGUUGAUACAGAUGAGCAUGUUCCAAAGAAAAAACGUGUUACAGAUGAUAGUUCUGCUGAAAAGAAAGAGGAAUUUUUAUUAUACAAGUGUUUCAUAUGUUCCAAGUACAAUAUUACUUACAAACACUAUGCGCGCCAUGUCAUAACAGAUCACAACAUACAGCCACCAAGUAAUGUAAAAAGAGUUCCAUUUGAUUCGAAUUGUACAUUUUGUUCAUCGAAACUAGCAAAUAUGCACUACUAUAAUAUACAUUUAUAUAGGUCUCAUAAACAGCAACAAAAGGGUGUAAACUUUCGCCCCGAGGGAAAAAAGAAUAUAGUUAAAAAGAAAAGUUAUCAGUUUGCACUAAAAAGUGUACUGUUCAAAUGUAUGAAAUGCGAAUUAUGUUUCUUAUCAUCAAAUGCAGCGACAAACCAUUCAAAGCAUAAUUUAAACAAUACUAAAAAGUGUUCAAAAUGCCAAAGACUAUUUAACAGUGAAUAUAUGGAACUACAUAAGAACCAACAUUCACAAACAAAAAAGUUCACUGUACAUACACUACCAGAAUCAGCAUCUAAUUCAGUAUUAUACAAGUGUUCCGAAUGCACUGUACAUUACAGUGAAGAAAUGUUUUUGAAACACAACUCUAAAUGCCAUUCUGAAACACCAAAUUCCUCACACUGCAAAAUUUGUGACAUUCUCAUAAAUAGUGAUGACAUGCAAGCUCAUAAUUUAUAUCACAAAAAGCACAAAAUGUUAUCUUCUGAUUUCGUAAUAAUUGAAUCUGACAUUAUGGAGAAUAAGGACACAAAACUUGAAAAGCCUACCCAAAAAUUGAAAAUACUGUUUUGUAAGACUUGCGAUUGUUUUAUGGUGAAAAAUAGUGUUGUACAUUGCGAAGGAAAAUGUAGCCAUAUUAGUAAAACUAUAUGCAAAGAUUGUGGACUUGUAAUGACAAUUAAAGCUCACUUAAUUCACAGAGAGACACACAAAAAGAAAUUUGUUAAUCUGUUUGAUUACACAUUUAUUGAUCUUAAAUCCAAGAAACAAAUUAUUCCACCAAUACCUGUGUAUCCUAAAUGCAACACAUGCGGUGUACACUUUUUGAGAAAAAACGCCGUAAGGUCACAUACAUGCGAAGAACAACACUAUAUAACUUGCAGCAUCUGUUCAAUAAAAUUGACAGAGCAUGCUUACAAGUUACAUAUACCUUUUCAUAGCUAUUCUAAACCGAAUACUAUUCGAAAUCUGGAAGAUGCGGUGAGCUUGUGAUACUCAAGGAAUGGUAUGUCUAUUGGUGUAUUUUGGGUUCGAAAUCUGCAUACCACCGAGAAUAAAACUGUUGUCUUAUUGUUUAGGCUAUUGGUGCAUUUUUUAUAUUCUGAAUUUUAUAUAUUCUGAAGCUUUAAAAUAAUUGAUGGCAUUGGUGAAAGACAGCCAAACUCUGCCUAAUCUUUGGUUCGGAAUACACAUUGCAGUGUGGGCAAUCAACGAAUGACGCUCCUAGUUGGUGGUCAUUUAUAUAAUAAUUAAAAUAAUAAUGUUUUUAUUGAGCCCCUACAGAAUAUUUGUGCUUCCUCUUUUUUUUGGUAUAUAUUUAGGUUUUAAGGCCGCUCAAGUCGGUUUAAGAAGUAAUUUAUUAUGUUUGAUGUAUUUAUACUGGUUAAGUCGUUUCAAAAUUCUAUGUUUACAGGCUUUUUAAUUGAUUUAGAUAUUUACGAACUCUAUAGAUAUUAUUUUCCUUUCUCUAACGUAAUUCGUAGAUAAAAUGAAAAUGUACAGUUUUUGCUGCAAACAGUAUUUAGAAUUCAGUAGCAUUAGCUCACGUCAACAUCGUCUCACGUUUGUUAACAGGCUUAUGAGCUCAUAACCAGCUACAAAAGCUUGUGAUAUUUAAAAAAAAUUAUAACUCGUAAAUAAUUUUGAUGUAUUGAGAAAAUAUCGAGUAAUUUAGUUUUAUUUAAUAAUUAGCUACGUUUUAGCUCAUAUGAAGUAACUGUAUAUUUAGUUAAAGAAUGAUUAUUUAGCACCACCAUGAGAUAUACCAACAUAAAAUGCAGUGUACCUACCUGUUGAAAUUAUGCAUUUUUAUCUAAAGACUGAUCUUAAAAUUAUAUAAUAACAAAUGUUAAUAAUGAGUUGCGUAUUUUAGAAAUAUAAUAUUGUUUUUAUUU